AUGGCGCCCACGAAGCUCUUCGUCUUUGCGUUUUCAGUAACCCUAAUUCUCGCCAUCGCUGGGGCUGAGGCCGAUGUUUCCAUCGAAGAAACCACUCGAGAGCCUGAUGCCUCCGCCUUCAAGAUCCAAUUAGAUCAUCUCAAUUCUAAGAUCCGAAUUCUCGAAUCUGAAAUCAGUGAAAAGUCGGAAGAAGUAAGGGAGAAGGACGCAAUUGUGGCAGGAAAAGAAAAAAUCAUUGAAGAUAAAUCGGUUACUAUACAGUCCUUGCAGAAUGAGAUUGCUUCUCUCCAGAAAAAAGGGUCAUUGGAUGCCAAGGAGCAAGUCAAAAAGGCUAAUGCACGUGCUGGUGAACUACAGAAGCAGGUGGACAACCUCAAAAUGGAACUAGAAACCCAAAACAAGGAGAAAGGAAACUGGGAAACUCGAGUACUUGAGUUAGAGAAAAAAGUUAAUGACUUGGACUCAAAAUUAGAAGAUGACAUUCCCUUGGAUGCGUGCUUCUUUUUAGAUGAUGCAUGGCUUGAUGUGCAUCCGUCUUCUGAUCUUCAAAAGAUAAAUGAGGAACAGAAGAAAAAAAUUCAGAAAACUGAACGUGCACUUAAAGUUGCUGAGGAAGAAAUGUUGAAGGCUAAGUUUGAGGCAUCUGCCAUAGAAAAGGAGUUGAGGGAGACACAUGGUGCUUGGCUUCCACCUUGGCUUGCUGUACACUAUUUUCACAGUAAGUCUUGUGCUGAGACUCAGUGGAACAAACAUGGGAAACCUGUUUGGGAAGUUUUUAGUCAAAAGGCCCUAGAGAAAAAAGCACAAGCUGGAAAGUGGGCUGAACCUCAUGUGGAAACCAUUAAAACUAAAUGGGUCCCGGCUGUAAAAGAACAGUGGUAUGUGGUGAAAAACAGUGCUGAACCGCAUGUGCAAUUAUUGACCACAAAAACUGUUGAAGCUUAUGAGGUAUCCAGGAAUGCAAUUUCUCCCCGUUUAAGCAAGGCAAAGGAAUUUGUAGAUCCUUAUUAUCAGGAAGCUAGAAGGUUCAGCAAGCCAUACAUUGACCAGGUUGCUAUUGCAGCUAAACCUCAUGUUGAUAAAGUACAAGUCGUUUUGAAACCCUACACAAAUAAGGUUGUUCAUGUUUAUGGGAAGUUUUUGGAAUCAGCUACUACAUAUCAUCUCCAGGUCCAAGCUACUGUCCAAGAGACACUGAAGAAGCAUGACCUUACUAGACCUCUUGCAACUAGAGAGUUGGAGUGGUUUGCGGCCUCUGCCCUUUUGGCUUUACCUAUUAUUUUUGUGGCUAGAGUGUUUUCAGCUGCUUUCUGCAGUAAGAAAGUGAAGAAACCUUCUCGAAGUGGAAACAGCCAUGCACGACGCAAAGCUAAGCGAGGGCAUCCAGACAAGCACACAUAA